AUGUUUAAACGUCAUAUUAGUAUAACUAGCUGUCUAUAUUCGAUACCAAAGAAGAAUAAAUUACCACCAAGGCCAAAAUGGUUGAUUAAAGAAGAUGAAAUAAAGGAGAAAUUUUUGAAAGGUGGUUCAGGACCAGGUGGUCAAAAGAUUAAUAAAUGUAAUUCAAAAGUACAAUUAACUCAUAUACCAACUGGUAUAGUUGUUACAUGUCAAGCAACAAGAUCACAACAACAAAAUAGAGAUAAAGCAAGGGAAUUACUAGCUUUGAAAUUGGAUGAUUUAUAUAAUGCAGAAAACAGUAGGAACAAUAUAAUACAUGACAGACAAUUGAAAUUAAAACAAAGUAAAGCGAAAAAGGCAAAUCGAAAGUAUAAGAAACUCGAAGAAGAGAAAGACACACCAUCUACACCAGAAGAAGUCAUAAUGGACCCAGAUCAAGAAUUUGAUGAAUUUAUUAAAUCAGCAAAAGUUGAUGUUUAA